AUGUCUAUCUUUGCCACCAUGUCUCUCCGCUACGGAUUUUUCCGGCGCUUCUCCUCCGCCAUCUCGUAUCCCUACCCAGUUCCAAGAGAUCUCUCCGGCGCCGGCACAACAUGCCAGCUGCGGCCAGCAUUGAUGUCCAACGCCGAUUGUCGUCCUCAGCCUCUAUACCGGACAGUCGAGUUCCUACUUAACCUGAGGGACCUCGACACGGCAAAUGAGUACGCUCGCUUGGCUGCUUUGAGCAGAAGUGAAAUCCUCUGCAACUCCACUAUCUCAACUUGCGACAGUAUCAUUGGUGCCAUGUGCGAGGCCAAAAGGUACAAAGACGCCUUAUAUAUGUAUCAUUACUUUUUCAACGAGUCUAAGAUGAAGCCCAGCUGCAAGUCCUCCAAUCACAUCAUAAAAGCUCUUUGUGACCUUGGCCGUGUGGACGAUGCUCUUCUACUCUUUCACCACAUCUCUCCAGGAUGCGUUACAUACGAUCACUUGACCAAAGGGUUGGUCGACGCGGGUAGGAUCGAUGAAGCCCUGAGUUUAGUGAGGGAGUCUGUUUCGGGAGACUCAAUGUCGCUGGCUUACAGAAACUUAGUCAGCGGGUUCUUAAAUCUAGGGAAGCUGGACAUGGCGAUUCAACUCUUAGACGAAUUCAAGCCCCAUGGGUGGUCACGUGAACAGUACAACGAACGAGCAAUGGUGAAGGUGGCAUUCGUAGAGCACUGGUUGAAGCAAGAGAGAGAUGAAGAAGCUAUGCAAUGGUACAUGUCUUUGGUAAGCAACAAGUACUUGACAGUUUAUGGGGAUACGGGCAAUGCACUCCUGGAAGUUCUGUUCAGGUACGGCAAGAAAACACAAGCUUGGGAAUUGUUCAACCAAAUGCUAGAUGGUUUCCAUAGAGGUUGUAUCUCUGUGAAUUCAAAAACCAUUGACAUAAUGGUGAAAGAGUGUUUCAAGGAGGGCCAGUUUAUGGAGGGAAUUGAGACCUUCGAGAAGGUGAAAGCAAAAACAAAGGACCUAAGAGCCGCAGACUACACGAACCUGAUUACAAGGUGUUGCGAGCAGGGGAUGUUGGCCAAGGCCGAGAGUCUCUAUGCUGAAUUGUCAUCAGAUAGAUGCAUGCGCAUCGACGUUUCCACAUACAGAGCAAUGAUGGAUGCAUAUAUCAAGGCGGGGAGAGUGGAUGAUGCUCUCAAAACGGCCAAAAACAUGGUCGAUGCAAACCUAACAAAGCUUUCUCAGUGGACGCGGUCCUAA